ACGAUGUUCAGUUUCUGCAGGUUCUAAAGGAAGGCGUUUAUCAUAAUGAAUGUGGCCAUCUUGAGAUGCCCCUUCCCUUUAAAACUAGUCCCCAACUUCCAAAUAAUAAGAAGCUUGCAUUAGUACGACUGAAGCAUCUUAAAAGGAAAUUGGACAAGGAUCCUCAAUUCAAAUGUGAUUACAGGAUGUUUAUGGAAGGUGUCUUAAGAGAUGGGGAUGCAGAAAUAGCUGAUGAGAAACUAGAUAUGGGAAAUUUGUGUUAUAUUCCACACCAAGGUGUUUAUCACCCAAAGAAGCCAAAUAAGAUCAGGGUAGUCUUCGAUUGUACGGACACGUUUAAAGGUACCGCUUUGAAUGACUAUCUAUUGACUGGGCCCGAUCUUACCAAUGGGUUGACUGGAGUGCUUUGUCGCUUCCGCAAACAUCAAAUUGCUGUCAUGUGUGACAUUGAGAAAAUGUUUAAUAGAUUUCAUGUCAUUAGGGAAGAUCAGGAUUACCUGCGUUUUCUGUGGUGGUUAAAUGGUGAUCUAAACACAGAGCCCGGAGAAUAUCGAAUGAAAGUACAUCUCUUUGGAGCAUCAUCCUCCCCAGGUUGCGCCAAUUAUGGCCUGAAGUAUCUCGCCAGCAUUGAGAGGAAGUAUCCUUUAGCUGCUAGUUUCAUCAUAAAUAAUUUCUAUAUAGAUGAUAGUCUCAUAAGUCUGGAAUCCGUUGAGCUGGCAAUUAGGCUGGUAGAAGAAGCUCAGGCUCGGUGUGCUAAAGGAAAACUACACCUUCACAAAUUUGUUUCCAACAAUAGAAAAGUGCUUGCGUCCAUCAGUGAGAGUGACCGUGCUGUUGAGGUGGAAAAUGUGGAUUUCCAUAAUGAUUAUCUUCCAGUUAAGAAUGUUCUGGGAGUAAGGUGGGAUGUGGAGAAUGACGCCUUUACCUUUAAUUCUGUGCUUGAUGAGAAACCUGCCACACAACAUGGUAUUCUUUCCAUUGUGGCUUCCAUUUAUGAUACAUUGGGGUUCUUGGCUCCAUUCAUCAUAUCCGGUAAGAAGGUGCUGCAAGAGAUGUGUCAUAAGGGCAUAAGUUGGGAUGAACCACUGCACAUUGAAUUGAGAUCAAGGUGGGAGAGCUGGUUGAAGGAUUUGUCUAAUCUAGAAAAGGUACAGAUACCAAUAGGUUUAACAUCUUCAAACUUCAGGAAGAUCUUGAGAACUGAGUUGCAACACCUUUUUGACGCAAGUAGUAAAGGUUAUGGUCAGUGCUCCUAUUUCAGGCUGGUGAGUGUACCAAGGUACAUUGUGCCUUAGUCACGGGGAAAGCGAGAGUUGUCCCCACAUAAGUUGUCUCCAUGCCAAGAUUAGAGUUAACAGCAGCAGUGAUUUAACUAAAAGUUAAAUUGCCUUAUCACUUUAUUCAAAUUCAGGUGUAUUGAUAUCAUGUAGGUCUUGGCAUUUUGGUCACAUGUUGAUGUGUACUGCAUUUAAUAUUAAAACAAUGUGAUAUGGUGAACAAUUUGUUCAUUUUAACUGAAGAAUGUGUAAUAAUGAAUUGUGGGGAUAGAAUCAUGUUAGUUGUUUUCAUGUAUUGUGUUGAUGCCUGGAAAUUUCCACUGAUUAUUCAAAUUGUUGCAUUCUAUGUUUAUUGAAUAGAUCAAGGGUAAUUUGGUGGGAGUGUAGCUGACACUGAUAGGUCAUUUAUGGGUUGUGUAUGAGGUAUUUGUAAUAUCAAGGUUUUGCUCCUUUUUUGUAUUUUUAAGACUUUACAAUUUAAAUAUAAUAUUGUGUAUGUGUGUCAAUUGCAUGAAUUCUGAUGUGCUUAUUUUGUGGUACUGCUAAGUUUUAUUAAAUUGAAGGUCAUGUGACCUUCCUGAUUAGAUUUAACCUGGAAGUGCUGCAAAUUGAAUGAUGAGAUUUAAACUUAGAUACACCUGUUAGAGCUCUUCACCAUUCUACUGCUGGUAACCAGGCCAACACGUUUUCACGGUGUUCCAUAUCUAUAAAUAAAACAAAUGGACAUCAGUAUUUUGGAAACAUGGACUGUUUAAUGACCAGCGAGUAGUUACA